AUGAAACGAGUUAAUACGUAUGAAAGUGCGGGUGAUUCCGAAGACGAAUUUAUCGAUUCAAGUUUAAGUCCACGAGACUAUGAAUAUGAAAAUGUCACAAGUCGUAAAAAACGACGUGGUGUUAUUGAAAAACGUCGACGUGAUCGAAUUAAUCAUUGUUUAAUGGAAUUACGUCGACUGGUACCACAAGCCAUAUCAAAAGAAGGUUCGACUAAAUUAGAAAAAGCAGAAAUCUUACAAAUGACUGUUGAUCAUCUUCGGUCAUUGCAACAUCUCGAUCAAGAUUCUAAUCAGUCGUAUUCAUCGUGGCCAAUCUUCGAUGCUCAUGCGAGCGGCUUUCGGGAAUGUGUUGAUGAAAUUUCUCGCUAUUUAAUCUCAGUUGAAGGCUUUGAUAUUCAACAUCCGCUUCGUCUUCGUCUUUUAUCACAUUUGGAAUGCUUUACUGAUCGUAGCACUAGUCCUUCGUUGAAUUCCUCUUGGCCUGUCGUACAUCAGCAAGCACCAAGUGCAUUUGCAACACCGCCUCUUUCAUCAUAUCCAACUCCGACAGUCGGAUAUCAUCAGCAGCAUCAUCAUCAACAACAACAACAUUCAACGAAUUCAAAUUUCAAUAUACAUCAUUAUCAACGACCUCCUAUUGAUUCCUCUUGUCAAUUGCCAUCAUCAUCAUCUUCGUCAUCAUGCAUUUAA